AGGGGAGAGGGAAGGCCGGGAUUGGCUAUUUGGAAGGUGGCGGCGGUUUAGAUUUGAAGUUGUGGCAAUUAUGGCGGCCUUGUUGGGCGCUCUGGAACGGUGGAGACUCCGGGCUGUGAGCCAAGCCUGGGUUGACACUAUUUGGGAACUAGAAUUUACUGAGACAGAUCCUUUGGAUCCGAGACUGGAGAGUCAGAUCACAGACGAUAGUUUGGAAGCCUUCUCUCACCUCUAUGACGCUCUCAGCCCCUUCGCUGAAGAUGACGGUGCGGCCAUUGAGAGUAUCUGGUCCCUGUGUGCAGAGAACAAUAUCUCCCACAAUGCCCUGGUUGCCGUGUUGCAUCAUUUUGUCCAAGAGGCUAAGAGUAAGACAGCCAAUCUCCAUCAGCGUUUGUGCGCCCUUCACGCUGCUAGGUUGUACUUUGUGUUGAUUGAAAUACCAGGCAGCAUAGCCAAUCGGGUAUUCCACCCAGUGAUGUUUGAAAAAUGCCUCCAGACAUUGUCCAAAUGCUGGCCCCAAGAAUCAAUCAUGCCCAGGAAACGGAAAAGAGACCACAAUAAAAACCCCUCAGGUGGUCGGAAGAAGGGGAAACCUGGAAGAAAAGAAAACCUCAGGUUGGAAGAGAACUUUGAAGAGGAGGAAGAAGAGGAAGAAGAGGUUUACUUCUCAGCACACGAAUUGCUUCAAAUCCGCGAGGCACUUUUCCUUCUCCUGAAAAGUCUCCUUCGCCUUCUUUCCAAGUUCUCCCUAAAAGAGAGACCGCAAUGUGUGGAGACGUGCAUUCAGAUCUUUGUUAAUUUGACCCAUUUGGAGCCUUGCUCACUGGAGUUUGCGGCUUUUGAAAAGAGGAGCAUUGACCAAGCCAAAUACAUCCCAGAGCUUGCCUACUAUGGCUUACGCCUGUUGUGUUCUCCACUUCACAGCCUGGAAGAUAAGAUCCUGCGCCAUGUUUUCCAUCGAUUUCUCAACAUCAUCCUCAUGUUGACAGGAACAGAACCAUCCGGUGGCGCAUCAGCCAUUCUCCCAUCUCAGGCUGUUAGCGCAAGGAACCAGGCCAUCCAAUUCAUCAGCUCUCUCGUUGAGGAACUGAAAGAAGCUGCCUUCCCUGUCUUGCGAAUCUUACUGCAGCACAUUUGUGUCAAGGUUCCUGAUAAGUCAGAAUACCGAACGCAUGCAGCCCAGGCUUUGACACAACUCCUGUACAGACUUCCUUGUGCAAACCAUGUCGACUUCAUAGCUUGGCUGUAUAGAUUCUCACUCAACAACAAGAUCUCCUACAGGGUAUUUGCUAUCGAUGCUGCCUUGGCCCUAUUGGAUCUUCCAGAGCGUGAGCCAGACGUCACUUUGACCGAGGAACAGCAGAAGUUCAUGAAGCACAAAUUCCUGGUGCAAGUAAUGAUCUUUGGUCGGUGCUCCGACAAAGCGCCAACCGUUCGCAGCAAAGCCCUUUCAGGAUUUGCUCAGUGUCUGGAAGCAAAUGCCAAGUCAAAUGCCGAAUGGAUACAGGAGCAGUUGCAGGGCAGUACACGUGCUUCCACAGUCAUGGAUACAGACUGUGGAACGCAUGUUGGAACGUUCCUGACCAGUUCAGGAGUUUCCUCCAGCCAUCCCAUGAAGACUUUCCCAACAUUCAAAACCAUUGAAGUAACUGAACGCGACUCCUCUGAGUUAAAUGGAAAAGAGAUCAUGGGCAUGCUGAGGCUAAGAGCUGGCGAUGAAAAGAUAAACGUUCGAAAAUCUGCCCUCCAGGUGCUGAUGAGCAUCUUGAAAUACCAGGUGAUUCCAUGCACCACUGAAGACUUGGCUACGCUACAGGAUCGCUGUCGGGAUCCUGCUGUUUCUGUAAGGAAGCAGGCCCUGCAAUCAAUAACAGAUCUCUUACUGAGCCAGCCGGAGAACAUUCUGAUUCAGAAGGCCUGGCUGAAGGGAGUCAUCCCUGUCAUUAUGGACUGUGAGACCUCUGUGCAGGAGAGGGCCCUAGACUGCCUUGACCAGAUCUUGCUGCAGCCCAUCAAGUCCCGGAACAGAUUCACUCCACACAACGAAAGCCAAGCGCUGGCUUGGGAUCUCCUUACAUUGCUCACCAAAGAGAGUCAAGAGCUCAGCCGCUACUUAAGCAGAGCAUUCCACAUUUGGUCAAAGCAGGAGAAAUUCUCUUCCUCCUUUGUGAACAGUGUCCUUUCCCACACGGAUACCGAUCACGCUGUGCCUGCUUGGAUGCUGCUAGCCAAGGUGGCCGGCUCCUCACCCAAACUGGACUUCUCCAAAAUAAUCGAAGCCUGGGACAGUCUCGACAGACAUCUUGAAACCAGUUCGGAAUUGGUGGUACACAUCCUGUGUGUAAUUGGCAGCAUUGCAAAGCAUCUGCCCAGCAGCAUCCAAAGCAGGCUGAUGGGUGAAAUCAAGCAAUGGUUACAGGAUUUCCAGUGUCCCCUGGAGGUGAUCAGUCCUGCAGUUGAGGCUGUGCAGAAACUUUGCCUUGCUUCCACGGAUGAGCCAAAGGAAGCUCAGGAGAAAUUAAACAACAUAUUUGGCGAGCUGGUGUCCGUAUGUGAAUCCUACAUCUCGAGAAUUGUUCUCCAAGAAGAUGGAGCAGUGCAGCUGGAGGAGGAAGUCUUGGUGAGACAUCUCUUCACGCUGGGUGAAGCGGCCCAACUCUGCCCAGCCAGAGUGGAGAAACGAAUUUUCUUGCUGAUACAGUCCAUUCUAGCCAGUCCUGACAUCAUGGCCAAGUUGUCCAGCCCUGUGGACAAUGAAGAUAUUUCCUCCUCUCUGCCAUUAUCCCAGUUCAGAGGUUCUGUGAUGCCUUCCGUCGUCCGCGCACAUGCGUUCAUUACUCUAGGUAAGCUUUGUCUGCAGCAUGAGGACCUGGCAAAGAGAUGCAUUCCUGCGCUGGCCCGGGAACUCGAGGUGUCCCAGGACGUGGCCAUUCGCAACAAUGUCGUCAUUGUGAUGUGUGACCUCUGCAUCCGCUACACCACCAUGGUGGAUAGAUACAUCCCCGACAUCUCAGUCUGCUUAAAGGACCCGGAGCCUCUCAUCCGGAAACAGACGCUCAUCCUCCUUACCAACCUCUUGCAGGAGGAGUUUGUGAAAUGGAAAGAAUCCCUCUUCUUCAGAUUUGUCAGUGUUUUGGUGGACCCAAAUGAGGACAUUGCCAGCUUGGCCACAUUCUGCCUGGCUCACCUCCUGCUCAAGAGGAAUCCAGCCAUGUUCUCCCAGCACUUCAUCGAAUGCGUCUUCCACUUCAACAGCUACGAGAGACAUGAAAAGUACAACAGAUUCCCGCAGAGUGAACGGGAGAAGCAUCGGUUUUCCCUGAAGGGCAAAGCCAACAAGGAAAAGCGGAUGCAUAUUUACAAGUUUCUGCUUGAGCAUUUUACCGAUGAACAGAGAUUCAACAUCACCUCGAAAAUCAGCCUGAACAUCUUAGCCUACUUUGUUGAUGGAGUCCUCCCUCUUGACAUGGAGGCCAACGAGCUGCUCUCAGACACCUUUGAGAUCCUGAGCUGCAAGGAAAUCAAGUUGUCAGCCAUGAGAUCCAGACCAGAGGAUGACCUCCAACCUGACGAGGAUGAGCUGGCCAUGGCUAAUGCUGUCAUGCAAGUGGCACAGAAGAAACUCAUCUCCCAGGUUCAAAAGCGACACUUUAUAGAAAACAUCAUCCCCAUCAUCACUUCACUGAAGACCUUGUUGGAGCAAAACAGGCUUCCAGUACUGCGAGAGCUUAUGAGCUACCUGCGGGUGGUGAUGCAAGACUACAAAAAUGAGGUCAAGGAGUUCUUUGCCAUGGACAAGCAACUGGCGGCUGAGUUAGAGUAUGACAUGAAGAAGUAUGAGGAGCAGCUGCAAACGGAGUCUGAGGAAGGCCAGGAAAUGCCCGGAGUCGUGGAAGCCCUGAACACUCGGGCCGCAGGCCAGUUGCAGUCUCCCACUUCGGAGAGACCUGUACUUCCGUCCAUUGAUCCAAAUCCAAUGGGUUCUCCAGCCACCGCAAGACGUUCUUCCUCUUCGAAAUCCCCUCCUCCUUCAGCUCCAUUUGUGUUUACUACACCCAGGCCAGGCAUUCUGAAACCCAGGAACAGGAGUAUGUCCCUCAAUAUCUUUGCCAUCCUUAAUUCUGCAAAAAAGGCAGCAGAGGAUGCUAACAAACAUCGCAGUAGAAGUCUGGGACAGAGGCCUGACUCUCCAGAUGACAGUAAAGCAUCUUUCUGCAGUCUAAACCAACAGUCUUCUAGAUCAAGUAUUCCGAUGGAAACCCGAGCAAUCAGCACUCCAGAGAAGUCGAUUAACAACAUGACCUUUGGGGCUGGAGUCAGCUGCAUCAGCCUGGCACACACACCGGCUUCAGCGAAAGAGAAACAAGGUGCUCAGGAUUCUCAGAGAGAGAUUAUCUGUUUGCCAUCACCUGAUAAGCCAUCGUCACAGCCUCCGACGUGGAAUGUCACCUCUCCGGGGCGAGAAAGCCUUCCCACUAGCAGGGGGCUAAGGAGGUCCAGCCGCAGAACUCCCCUGAAGCCAACGAAAUGAUGGCCCAUGCCUCUCCCCAGAAAGCCACAUCUUGUACAGAAAAGGAAUCAUAGUUAUCUCUUUUUUCCACAUAGUUGUAUUCACAAGCAGUUUAAAUCGUGUCUAAAUGCUGAUUUUUUUUUUUUUUUUUUUGUAAAUUAUGGUUAUGCCGCUCUCUUUUGAAACAUUUAUAUUGUAAAUAUGUAUUUUGGAAUGGUUGGCUCAAAUAUCACUGUAUCAGUCAAGAUGGCGAACAAGCCAUGGCCUGGAUGCUUUCAUAUGUUUAUUGCAUGGAGAAUUAAGUAAAUAAAAUAAUCCUGGAAGAACUAAA